AUGAUUGACUUAUUAAUAAAUAGAAAGAGAAAAAACUCCCCUACAGUAAGUAAGAUAGUCUAUAACAACAAAUGUUAUACAUCUAAAUUGAACAUAUGUAAUCAGCUCAAUACAUAUUUUGUUAAUGUAGGCCCAACUUUAUCAGCGCAACUACCAAAUCAUAUUAACUCUAAUCCUACAAGAUAUAUUACCAGAAAUUUUCCAAACAGUUUUAUGUUUAGGUAUAUUCACUCGCAUGAAGUGCGUGACUUAAUUACGAACCUAACAACUGAUAAGUCAUGUAUAGGAGUCCCUGCAAAGUGCUUUAAGUUGGCCGGAGAUCACAUCUAUGAGGCAAUGACUAAAGUCUAUAAUCUUUCCAUAGAGCAAGGUAUUGGAUGUAAAAUUAACUAACAAUGAUGGCUCCACCUACGGCUUAGAAAAGAGAACUUACAUAAAAUAUUUGGGCGUACUUAUAGAUGACACGCUUUCAUGAAAACAUCAGGUGUCUUAUUUAUGUACUCGAAUUUCUAGAAACACAGGAAUUGUUGGCAAACUCAGACACUGCACCUCCCUUUUACAACUUAAACAAUUAUACUAUAACCUGAUCUAUCCUUAUAUAUCUUAUGCGAUAACCUCCUGGGGCAGUGCAUUUACUACUCAAAUUAAAAAAAUCCAAACAAAACAAAAUCAUGUUAUCCGCCUUAUGUUCUUUGCCACCUUGUUUGGACCAGAUACAGACAGUACAUUACCAUUACUUAAUUUAUUGGAUUUACUUACUGUUACUAAUAUCUAUAAACUACAGCUUCUUAACUUCACUCAUCAGUGGCAUUCUAAAAAAUUACCAAAUAUCUUUAAUCAGCAUUUUCGCUAUGCAAGUGAAGUCCAUACAUAUAAUACGAGAUAUGCUUCAAAAAGUAACUUCUACAAACCACGUUCCAGGACCAAUAUAGGAAAGCAAACAACAGCGGCUAUGGCGACCGAAUUGUGGCAACAGCUCCCUACCCAUAUAAAAGACCUUUCAACUUAUAACUUUCCUAAA